UCUCUUCUCACUCUUCAACACCUUCGUCUCGACGAAUUUCCUCCCCCUUUUUCUUCAGGAUUUGAACCCUAAAUUCCCGAAACCCUAGCCCUAGAUUCUCGAAAUUGGAUGAGAUAAGGUGAUUGAGAUGGAUUUGGAGAGGAAUGAGACUGGGAGGAAGGCGGGAAGAGGGGAGGUGGAGCUGGCUGCGGCCAACUGCGCGGAGAUUGCCGAGGUGGCUCCGGCGACGGCCGCGGCGGAGAUUAGCUUGACGAGGUUGAUAUUCGGGUGCGUGGUUGCUGGUGGGGUCCAGUACGGGUGGGCCCUACAGCUCUCUCUCCUUACUCCCUACGUUCAGACACUUGGACUGUCACAUGCCCUUUCUUCUCUCAUGUGGCUCUGUGGCCCCCUUGCAGGGUUUAUUGUUCAACCUUGUGUUGGUUUAUAUAGUGACAAAUGUCGGUCAAGAUUUGGAAGGAGAAGACCAUUUAUAUUGGCCGGAUGUCUCCUUAUCUGUUUAGCUGUGACUGUAAUUGGAUUUUCUUCCGAUAUAGGCUAUGCCUUAGGUGAUACCAAGGAGGAUUGCAGUGUUUAUCAUGGCCCUCGGUGGAAAGCAGCAUUUAUAUUCGUCGGUGGGUUUUGGGUAUUGGACUUUGCAAACAAUGCGGUGCAGGGCCCAGCUCGAGCUUUGAUGGCUGAUCUCUCAGGCCGCUUUGGAUGCAAUGCAGCAAAUGCAAUUUUUGCGUCUUGGAUGGCUUUUGGAAACAUCCUAGGGUACUCUUCUGGUUCAACUGGAGAAUGGCACAAUUGGUUUCCUUUCCUUAAAACGAGAGCCUGUUGUGAUGCGUGUGCAAAUCUGAAGGGAGCAUUCUUAGUUGCUGUGGUUUUCCUCCUCUUAUCCAUGCUGGUUACAUUAAUUGUCGCGAAAGAAGUCCCUCUGUGUAGUAUCCCUGGCAAAGGUGAAGAAGAGCACAGAGCAGAGUUCCUCGAUAUCUUCAGAAGUAUCAAAAACUUGCCUCCUGGAAUGCCUUCAGUACUUUUCAUCACCGGUCUUACUUGGUUGUCAUGGUUUCCAUUCAUCCUGUUUGACACGGAUUGGAUGGGCCGUGAAGUCUUCCAUGGGAAUCCAAAGGGAACACCAUCGCAAAUUGAUGCCUUCGACAGAGGGGUUAGAGCCGGUGCAUUUGGUUUGCUAUUAAAUUCGAUUAUUCUCGGGAUUGGUUCUUUCAUGAUUGAGCCCCUUUGCCGAAAACUCACUCCAAGAAUUGUUUGGGUGACAAGCAACUUUAUGGUGUGCCUUGCAAUGGCUGCAACUGCGAUCAUGAGUGUCUGGUCCAUGCAUAACUACACUGGUGGAGGUGAUCAAUACAUCGGACCAGAUGGCAAAGUCAAAGCGGUUGCAUUGUUCCUCUUUGCAGCUCUCGGUCUUCCCCUGGCUGUUUUGUAUAGUGUUCCUUUUGCAGUUACAGCGACAUUAGCUGCUAGCCGAGGAGGUGGCCAAGGGUUAUGCACUGGGGUUUUAAACAUUUCGAUUGUUGUCCCUCAGGUGAUAGUAGCUCUUGGUGCAGGUCCGUGGGACCAACUCUUCGGCAAGGGGAACAUCCCAGCAUUUGCUCUUGCAUCCGCCUUUGCCUUUGUGUGUGGCUGUCUCGGACUCUUCAUGCUUCCUAAGCUCUCAAGAUCGACCUUCAAGACUAGCGGCGUCGGUGGCAUGCACUGAUCUUAAAGCUAUGGGGAAUCACCCAAAGAUUAUCUCUAGCUAGGGGAUCCAUGAAAGUAGAAUCCCAUACUAAAAUCAACUCUGAUUUUGGUCUUUUCUUUGGUUCUUUCUCUCUGAAUAAAGAGAGAUGUUUGUUAGCUUCAGGAGAUGUAGAAGAAUAAUGUAGAGACUGUGUUAUGGACUUUAGAUAUAGAUUGUGUGAUCAAUUAUAUAUAUUUUGCAAAAAUGUAUUCU